GGAACUGUCAAAAUCAGAUGUUUUCGAUUGGAAGUUUCGGAUAUCGGUUAGGCCACAGUGUUCUUUGUUCAAUAUUUUAUGUUUUAGAGUUUUAUUAGACAAACUUUUACUAAAUAUGUCCACUAAGUUGGCGUCACGUUUUCUGGUGUUAUCGUCCGUUGGGAUAGGCAGUUAUUUCGUGGGAUCGUUUGUCGAGCGGAGGAAAACAAUCGACUUACCGGUUUGCCAUCGGGAAACCGAGACAUUUGAUUAUGUAAACGAGCAAGGAGCUGGAAGUUUCUUGAGGGAAAUUGUGUCCAAGCCGGGGCUGCCCAUUUUUGGUACCGUGUCCGCCGCUUCGCCAAUUCCGGCCGAACAGAAAUCGUCGGCAGUGCCGGCCAAUGUGAGUCGCGUCGGGCAGAUUAUGAAGUACGGCUUCCCAGGACUGGAUAAUGUGCGGUCAUAUGACGAUUAUGUGCUUUCCUAUGAUCGGAGGACUCGAGUGGCCCAUUGGGUGUUUGAGCAUUUGACGGCGGAAUCGGUCAAGGCGAACGACGCUGUGGAUCGGGCCAAGUGUGACUUUAAAGCGGACGAAAGCAUACACCCGUUCUUCCGGUCGUUGAAUUCGGAUUACAAAGGUUCAGGGUUUGACCGGGGACAUUUGGCAGCGGCUGGGAAUCAUAGGCUUCAUCAGCAACAUUGUGACCAGACGUUCUUCCUGACUAAUAUGGCACCGCAGGUCGGUGUCGGUUUCAACAGGGACAAAUGGAACCACCUGGAGCGAUAUGUGCGAAAGCUUACCAAGCAAUACCAAAACGUGUACUGUUGCACUGGUCCACUCUACCUGCCCCGAAAGGAAGCCGAUGGUAAACUGUACGUCAAGUACCAAGUUAUUGGCGCCAGUAACGUGGCAGUUCCAACACAUUUCUACAAAGUGGUGGUCAUGGAGUCCGCCGACCACAAACUGGAAAUGGAAGCUUACGUGCUGCCGAAUCAGAAAAUUGACGACGAAACACCGUUGACUAUGUUUCAGGUGCCACCGGAGACGAUCGAAAGGGCAGCCGGUCUGCUAUUCUUCGAUAAGAUCGCCCGGAAUCAACUGUCUCGAAUAAAUGGUAAGAAAAUUUAAUUCAUCCGUCACUCAACACCUAUGAGUGUGCUACAGCGUUUCGUUAUCUGCCAGUUAGAUAUUUUAACUAUUGUUCCUUGUGGGAAUGUUGCAAUCUGA